AUGCAAACUACAUUAGAAAUAGAAAAAAAACUUUGUUAAGUUCAUAAAUUAGAAAUAGUGGCAGUUGAUUUGAAAUCAUAAACUAGAAUAGACGAUAAAUAUUUAUGCACUAGGUGUCUGGCUGAGAGGGUUGAUAAAGAAAACAUGGCAUUGCUAAAUGAAGCUACUGAAAUGAUAUAAAGCAUGAAAACCCAAUCUUUAAAAAUUGCAAAGGAAGAAAAUGUACUUAGAUUAACUAAUUUAAAAUAAUUAUAAUCAUCCAUUAAAUCCUUUAAAAACUAAAUCAAGACGGAAUUAGGAAAAUUGCUUCAAUUAGUUGAUCAAUAAAUGGAAUAGAUCCAAACUGAAAUUGAAUCAAAGGAUUCAAAGUUAGAAAUCAAAAAUUAUGAUGAGGAAAUUCAAAUUCUAUCAAAAAAUUAUAUAGGAAAUUUUAGUUAUAAUAUACCGAAAUAACAAACCUAUAAGGAAAAAGAUGUGGCCCUUGUUUAAUUAAUUUAUGAAUCAUUAUAAUCUUAGUCAAAAUCAUAAAAUUUUAUAUAAAUUAUGGAAUCCAUAGAUUAAAUAAGAUCAAGUAUACCAAUCACUUAAUAGGCCAAAAUAAACGAAACGCCUGCAAAAGAAUUUGAUUAACAUGUAAUUAAUUUAUUGAUAUUAUUAGAAAACUCCAUGUCUCAAUUAGAUAUGCAAUAAGCAUAACAAAGAAAUAAUUAUGUUAAAUGUUAAUUAUAAUGAGCCUAAAUUCGGUCGAUUGGCAUGCGUAGAAUGUAUUCAAGAAAACCCUAUUCAAUAUAUUAGCUUAAAAGAAGCAAAUAAUAUGUGGAAUACUCUUAUUGGAGAAUCAGAAGAUUUAAUUUCUAAACAUAAUUUUAAAAGAGAAAAAACAUUUAAAAUGGUUAUAUAAGAAAUCAAAUAACUAAAAAACCAUUAUAAUAAUUAAUUAUCAGAAAUGUUGUCAUCUAUAGAUGAAUAGCUUAUUUAAAAUAAUUAAGAAUUUUAAGAUUUCCUAAAAUUAGAGAAUAAAUAGAUAUUUGAAUUAGAUGAAAAAUAAGUUGAAAAGAUGAUUGAUUUAUUAAGUUAAUAAGAUAAAAAUAAACAUAUCCUUUAGUAAUAGGAGAAACAAGAUAGACUUGAUUAAUUAUUUUAUCAGAAUGUCAAAUCAAAAUUAGAAACCCUUAUCAAGCAUGAUUUACUUUGCAAGUAAUAAUUGAUGACAAUUAUUUAAGAAUAACAAGGUAAUCUGUUUUGAUUAACUUAUAGAAAAAAAAGAAAUCGGAAAUAAUCCAUAAGCUGA